AUGAAGACUAGAGGUAGACAGACCAGCAGUAGAGAAAAACAGGAUAUAUAUCCUGAAACAGCAAUUGUCCGGAAGCUGAAGCCUAGGGUCAAGAAGAAGCCUCCGAAACAGGAUCCCAAGAAACCCAAGAAGCCUCCUACAGCUUUCUUCUACUUCUUGUGAGUACCAAUUAUUUAGUCUAUCUGUUCCUCUAAUUCUAUUCAGCUUUUAUCGUGAUAUGUAUUAGUCUAACCACUAUGAAACUCUUCAAGUCAUUUUCAUUUUUUAUGUAAGUUAUGAAACAUCUAGAUUGUUUUGUUUCUCCUUCAUUUAUUCUGAGAUACUGUAAAUCCUUCUGACCAAUUACAAUCCUGAGCUGAUAUGGUAUUCUACUACUUUUAGGAGAACGGUUUUGUUUUUUUACCGAAAUCUGUUGUUGGUUCCUUCGCAUCUGACUGUAAGAAAUGAUGUUCCAGUCGCUGGAGUCCUCAAAGAGAAAACAAUGUGGAAAUCAGUUUUGGAGCAAAUGUACAAUUCUGAGGAAAUGAAUUGCUCAUGCAUGAUUGCUGAAAUGAUUCCUCACUCUUCCAAAAAAGGGUAUCAGCUUUAGGAAAUUUAAAUUCUUUGUACAAUCAGUAGAUUCAGUGCCAAUUCUGAAAGUAAUUUAUGAUGGGAAUAAAUCUUUCUUAUUUCCUAUUGAAAAUGCUAUGUUUUUUUCUUUAUCAUCUUAUUCUUUUGUUUGGGGUGGGAAAAUCUACCAUGGUGAUGCAAUGUAGGUAUGUGCGUCAUUUUGCAUACCAUUGAGUCUAGAAUUAGAUUGAAACAAAGAAUUGAUUAAAUUUCCUUCGAUCAAAUGAAUAAACGUAUAGCUCGAGGCAUUUCGAACACUUUCUGAGGUUUUCAAAAUGAGAGCUUCAAGACUUGAAUCAUGUGAAUUCGUGGGAGCCUCAAGCAACUCCGAUGCUAGAGGUACCUUUUUAGCUUGCAAAAAGUUCUCAAUGUAAAACAUUUUGCUGUCAAAUGCUAGAAAAGUUCGAAAUGAAAAGGCUAUUCCCUUAAAUAGUAGAAAAUAGUUAAUGUUUCUCUUUCUUUUACUCAGUAUUUUGGAUAAACUAGUUUUGCAAGUGUUGAGUCCCAAAAUUGUGCUGAUCUGUAAAUUAUCAACACCUACACUUGAAGUGUCAACAUUUGUUAAAAGAGUUGAUAUAUGAUGAGAUCAAAAUUCAUAAGAAAUCUUGAAAGCUUAAGGAGCUCAACUAAGCUCAAGCAGUAAAAUCUGAACGGCCCAAAAUAAACUCAUCUUGGUGGGUCAUAAGGUCCAAAAUGCAUUUCGUUUUAGUAUUCCGUUUUAUUUGGGACUCCUAUCCAUUAGUAGAUUUCUUAUCAUAUCAUAUUAUUUUUUGCAACUUUGAAAGACCACACACUAUAGAAGGAAUGAAUUUUCAUCAUAAAUUAUUUUUUUUUCCUUUUCCCAUUUUUACAUUUAAUAUCAGGAGGGAUGGAAGAGAAGAUUUUGAUUUUUGUGAAAAGUCAUCCCCUUUUACAGUACUGGCUUCUUUAAAUACGGGAAAAGUUGUUGUAGACCAGUAAAUAAUAGGAUAUGAUGAGAAAAAUAUACUAGUAGAUAAAAAAUCCACGGAUAAAUGGGAAUAAUUACCAACCCUACAGAAAAAAGGGUUUUGGACCUUAGGACCCACCUAAAUAACUGCAUUUGGGUCUUCCAGAUUUUAUCCUUACAUGCCUUUUGUGUCAUAUUGCUUGAGCCUUCCACGUUUCUUGAUAAUCUGUUAUUCAUCAAUACACUUAUUCUAGGUCAUAUUUAUACAUGCAUAAUAACUUAUUUUUAUGUAAUCUUGUUUUAUGACUUUACAAUAUCAACUUUUCAUGUUGCCUACUUUUUUUAUGAUUUCUGGACUAUAAAACCUUUUUUCUUUUCUAAACUCAUGCAAAGAUCCUUACAAAUUAGUAUAAAAAAUAAGUUUCGUAAUGAUUAAAAUCUACUUUUUAGGUUCAAUAAGCUCCCACUUCUUAUGAUGAUAAAACCUUUGAAACGUAAUAUUGGUCUCUCCUCUUUUUUGAUAUCAUGCAAGCAGGUGAUUAAAGAUGCAUAGUUUAAUUCAUGGAAUUUGGUUAUGACUAGAACAUUUCAAGUCAUCAGAAAUCAUUUCAGUAGGCAUAUUUUUUUUGUAACCACAGUUAAAUGAUAGAGAUAUCAAAUUUUCUUUUAUCCAACAUUUUCUACCCCUUCCUAAUUACAUAUACAAGGCAGAAUUCGUGAAUGUGAUGUUUUGAUCUCCCUUUCUUUAUAGAAACAUGAUUAGAUCAGUAAGUGAGCCUUUGUUGUAGGAAAGUUAUCUAUUUUUCAUCUUUAGUUUCCAAAAUUACAUUUCACUUAAAUUUUUUGCCUUUUAAGUCUCGUUGUAAAUAAUGAUUGUUUCUACUCGAUUUGAAAUGCAAGUAAAUUGCAGAUAAUGUCAUUAAAAUCAAUGUCUGAUAUAGAGAUCAUCAAUUUUUUUAAUGGAGAGAUAGCUCCCCUAUACAGUAUCCCAAUGUAGAGAACGCUUGUGGAGAGAAUGAUAAAUCAUUUAUAAUUUUUUUAGAAAAUUUAUGUUAGAUAUUCUUAUAAAGAAUUUGAGAAAACCAAGUUGCGAGUAUGAUUUGACUAUUUACUGAAGAUUAUUUGAUGCACUCUUUUGUUCCUUCGUACUUUAGGUAAACUUUCUACCUCACAGCUUUUAUUACUGUGCAAUCGUGACAGUAAAAAAUUAUUUUCAUUUGCGUUAAUUGUAAACAGAGAUUCAUUAGCAUUUAGCAUUACUUUACAUUGAGUGUAGAGAGAGAUUUUAGUGAUAAAUGAAGAGAGGUGAAUGACCAUCCUUGUUUUGUUUGAAGUGUCAAGUAAAAAUUUUCAUCAUUUGGGUCAUUUUGAAUUGUUCUCAUGAUAGUUAAGUCUUGGUCCUCAAUAUCAUGAACUGAAAGCAUUUGUCAUGUGAAUUUAUUAUUAUAUAUGACGUUAUAGUGUUUGAAAGAAGAUAAUGACCAAAACUUGAGUAAACAUAUUUUGACAGAAUUGCGAAGAAUGUGUAUUGCAUGAAGAUCAAUAAGAACAUAAAGGAACGUCUUAAAACAUGAUUUUUUUCUUCAAAUAUUUUAAUUUUCUCAAUUUUAAUUGUUAAAAAUAACACAGAUUCAUAAUUUUUGGGUAUUUCUGAACCUGUUUGUGCAUAAAGAUGGAUGUUUUCAAUGUAAGCAUAAAAAUUGAAAACAAUAUCUAAAAUUGACAAAAAGUAUGAUAUAUGACCGUGAAAGCAUGAUCCAUGACCUCAUGAAAUUCGUUUCGUGGCAUAAUGAUCUCACCCUUUCAAGUUUACAAAAGUUUAGAAGUAUCAACUAACAAUUUUUAGCCAAUGUUAUCCAUACAUCUUUUACAUCAAAUGGAUUGAUCUUUCUGGUUCAUCAACUUAGUAUCAGCAACUUGACACUUUAAAAUUUACUAACAUUUUUAUGAAUAUCCUAAUCUAGAGAGGACCGUAAUACACUUCUGGUUUUAUUAUCUCGAAUGAUUUUCUAAAAAACAGCUGCUUCUUUUCUGACAAUAAAAGGACCAUUAACUGUUAAGAUUUCAACUCCUAAAAUCCAUUGCUUGACUGAAUACACUCAUUCUUUGCUUAUUGGGCUCAGUAGUCUAUUGCUCUCUCUUUUGCUAUGUCUAUCUAUCUAUCUAUAUCUCUCUAUCUAUAUAUAUGUCUGUGCGUAUAGAGAAAUUUAUCAACGAAUUUCGACUUAAAAUUGUUGAGGCCAGCCAAUAAGAAUGUUGCGCUCUGGCUCAAGUGCCUAUGGUACAUUUGUGUUAUGGUCACUUACAUUUUAAUGGACUGAAGUUAUUAUAUCACAAAAAUAUGAUUUUUGGUUUAGCUCCUAUUUCAGCCAAUUAUGAUAUUUUUGAAGGGUGUUUUUAUAAGCAAACAACAUUAUUUACUGUUUCCAAUAAGAAUUAUGGAGAGAAAUAUUAUCUCUUGAAUUAUUAUAUGCUGAUAUUUAUAGUAUGUUGACUUCAUGAUUGAACUACAAUCUAUAUAUUUUAUGGUAAUUUUUUUUAAGACAUUUGAACAUUUUAUAGAGUUUAAGGCUCUCUUGGAAACCUCAAGUGGAUAUUGUUUUUAUGGAUAAACUAUAAAUAUUCUUUGAACAUAUAAAGGGGAGAAUUUUUAUUUCAUGAAUUUCCAAUAAGAGCUUUUUUUUUUAAACAACAUGGUAUUAUUCUUGGCAUGUUUUCUGCUUCUCUUUCUCAAUGCUUUCGAUUUUCUCCAAUAAUGAAAAUGCCAUGAUACUUUCAACAUGUGGAAAGGAAAUUCAGAUGAUGUGCUGAUGCUAUUAACUCUGCUUUGAAGGGACGACUUUCGCAAGAUCUUCAAAGAGCAGAACCCGGAUGUUAAAUCAAUGCGCGAUGUAUGAACACCAAGGUUUUUUUCCUUGUUUUCUGCAUGACAUUCAUCUGCUUCGCAUGCAUUGGUCAUCCAGUAAUGCGCGGGUUUCAGAUCGGCAAGGCCUGUGGAGAGAAAUGGAAGACAAUGUCAUUUGAGGUUAGAGCUCUAUAAUGCAACAAGCUCUUCAAUUGCAAUCAGUUGCCUUAGUGAUCACCACUCUAGAGACCCCUGUGCAAUUACCAGUAUGCGACUAUCCUGAAUUGGAAUCAGAAUAUUUUCAUUUGAUUUAUAUCAGGAAAAAGUGGCAUAUUACGAUCGAGCUACGGACAAGCGGGCUGAAUUUGAUAAGGCGAUGUCAGAUUACAUCAAAAGGAGGGUAAUGCACCUUCUUUAAUAUUUUUAUCUCCGUUUGAAGAGUUACACAGCAUAGACGUCAUUGGCAUGGCCCACCACCGCCGGUAACAUCAUUGUCUACAAUCGUUGUUACAUGAAGGAAAUUGGCGAGGAGGAAUCUGAGGAGUCUGACGAGGAAUAG